AGCGAGGGUUGAACAUUGGUCUAUCAUAAUUAUGGCGUUUCUGUUAAUAAUUUUCAUUCCAGCAAUUUUACUGAUCCUUUACCGAAAAUUUCGUCUGCUGAAGCCUGACCCUGAACUCGUCAAGUCUUUUCUGCGAGGAGGCUUAUCGGACAAAUCACCAGGGUUAAUCGCGCACAGAGGAGGAUCGGCAGAAGCUCCUGAAAAUACCUUGGCUGCUUUUCGAUCGGCGAAAGAAAAUGGAGCUAUUGGUGUGGAGUUCGACGUUGAUUUCACGAAAGACAGUAGGGCUGUUGUUAUUCAUGAUGCUACCGUUGAUAGGACUACGAAUGGAAGUGGUUCCAUCCGUAGUUUUACUCUGGAAGAAAUUAGAAAAUUGGAUGCAUCGGUGAAACAUCCACUGAGGUAAUUUAAAGUACAGAGGUCAUAUAUUUUUUAUGUGAGCGGAUUGUAAAUCAAUAUUAGGUAAAAUUUCCGCACAGCUCCAUCCUACAUUAUGCAUUCAAUUCUUGAACAGAGAAAACAAUAACAAAAAUAAUACAUUGCCUUUGGGAAAACAGAUUUGUUUUACAAUAGUAUGGGGCUGUGCGGAAACUUCACCCAAUAUUAUAUACUGUGAUUAUGAAACUCAUUAACCACUAGCGGAUCUUUAGGAUUAAAGGCUUAAGUGGUGAGUUUUUGAUAACGUCGUGAAGCCUUCGUUCUCUGGAAUCAGUAACUCGAUCUCUUGGCUUGAAAUGUUGUUUUCAAGUUUGUUUUUCAUCUCUUAUAAUAGAAUGCAACCGUUUCAAAAUUGAUGAUUAUUUUCAACGCUCUUAAGUCAAAUGCGAUAUAUAUCGUCCGAUGAGGCCAAAAUCCAGAGAAAUUUCUGAAAAUAAUAUCAAGGUGAAAAGAGCUUUUUAACUAAACUAGAGUUUAUUAUCAAUUUAAUCAAUUUUCCACAGUAAUUGAAAAUGUGUGGAAAACAUGUAAAAGAAUAUUUGAAACUGAACUUGUCAAUUGACAAUUGGUUCAUACGUCAAUGUGUGUUCAUGGAGAUAUGAAGCAUGCAGGAAGUUUGGAGAGCAUAAAAGAUGCGUAAGAGUUGCUCGAGGCAUAGCCAAGAGCAACUCUAGCUUCUUGAGUGCUCUUUAAACUUCCCAAGUGCUUCAUAUCUCGAUGAACACGCAGCUGAGGUAUGAAACAAUUUUUUUAUAGCAUUUUCAACCUGAUGGUUUUAAUGUUGUAAAAGGGUUAAUAUUCCCUCUGCUACACUUCAGCAUUGAUAAUUUUGUUUCAGGAAAACAUUUCACUAUGCUGUAAAUGAUCUUGUCUUAGAUUGGUCAAAAAACUGACAUGUGAAUUCAUGCAUGUAAAUGAACUUUAUUUUCUGAUUGAAUACAAAAUUCUCUAGGGAGUUGUUUGCUGACGUCAUGAGCAUGCACAAUAGGAAUAUGAAACAUGCUCACACAAUUGAAUUCGAUCAGACAAAUUUAUGCGCUAUGUUAUAAAUCAUAUUGAAAGCUGGUACACGUGGAGAUUUAAUAUGAGUUGCUUAAUUUUCCUCACAGAGAAAAAUUCCCAGGAGAAAAAGUGCCUACCCUGGAAGAAGUUGUGGAACUUUGUUCAAGUCUUGGUUUAAAGAUGAUAAUUGAGAUAAAAAAAGGCACUGAAACACUUGAGGUAAGGAAAAUUAUCAGGGAAGCAAAUGUGUAUUUUUCUUUAUUUUUAUGAGGUAAUUGUUUUUUCAGACACCUUUUCUUUUACAGUACUUCCAAAAUGCUUAUGAACAGCAAAUUACAUGUGGUCUGAUUGAUCUUGUUCCAUCAUCAUGGUUUUCCAUGGUGUUACCAAAACUUCAACCUUCUUUAACUCUUUACACCCCAACAUCAGUAUGCAUAUUCUCCUUACUGUUCUUCAUACAUUUCCUAAGGUGUUGACAAGGAGAAUUUGUUUUACAAUCAAGAGCUUCUUUAUGUUGGUGAUGAUUUCCAAUAUUCUCUUGACCUUAAUGCGUGAUUCAAGGGUGAUAGAGUAAGGAGAAAUUAGAUGCUAGUCACUCUUAGAGGUCAAAGGGUUAUUUAAACUUGGCUGAGUGUUGCAACUGAAAUUUGGCAUUGAGAGAUGUGAUGUUGAGAAGCAAAACAAAGCAAACAGCCACAAGAAGUUACAGUUGUUUGGUAAUCAACUUGAAAGAAAUUGAUUUCAGAAGACAUGGAAACUGGUUUAGGAUAUGUUGUUCUGCUUUAAGUUCAGGGUCAACUACUGCAACUUUCCUCUUAGUGAGGCUUCCCUUCUUGCAAAAAUACCAACUAGCAUUUGAAAUAAAGUGGGUGCAUCCUUGUCCAGUUAAGAAUAAGGUACUGAUCACAGGGUAAAGAAAACAUCUCUGGUUCAUUGUAAAAAAAAAAAACGAUUUCAAGUCUUGCUUUAAGUGUUGUUUAGGCCAUUCUAGAGAGGUUCUCUGGGGUGCUUGUGUGUUAUUACACUGAAUCAUUUGUUUGUUAUUUCAGACAGCUCAAUAUCUGAAGAAUCUGUUCUCAAGCUAUCACCUGUAUGAUAAGGCCCUUGUGUGCUGUUAUUUUCCCAGUGUUAUUUAUCAGGUAACCCCGUUAAGUUAUACUGAUUAAAAUGAUAAGUGAUAUAUGUUAUAAUUUGAACAAUGUGCAUCACUGCUGGAGUAUUUCUUAAGAGGUGAUAAGGAUGAAAAUCUGAGGAUCUGAGCUUCAGAAUAGUUUAUCCAGCCUAUCCCUUUGUCCAUGGGAUACUGAUGAGGAGAGAAUGAGUUGGUGAGGGGAGAAUGAUGGUUCUCAGGAAAUAGCUCUCCACCACCACUUUAGUGCAUGUAGGCUUUUCUGCUUGUUUACAUCAACCAAGAGCUUGACACAGGCCAAAGAAUAUCCUUAAGCAAGUAUAUUGAAGAGACAGAUGACAUGCAGCUUUUCCAUUGUGUCUGAAAUUAGAUUUUAAACAUAAAAUUGGUCUAAAAUUAUUCCAUAAUAACCAUCCUGGCUUUUAAAAUUUUCAGGUACGAAAGGUGGAUCCACAAAUUGUGACAGCUCUAGUAUGGUGGAGGGAUACUCUGAGUUUUAUUUUGACAGGAGGGAAGGAACUAUUUGAGAUCAAGAGUUCCAUUAAAGUAUCGGUGUUGAGUUUCUUUGAUAGACUGUGGGAAUCACUCUUGCCUUGGUUUCUUGAUUUUGUUGGCGUUCCCAUUCUGUCUUGUGCCAAGGAGCAUGUGUGCAAGUAAGUCAUUUGUCUGGCUUUACCCUUAAACUCCCAAAAGUGAUUACCAUGCAACUUCUCCCUAUAAUAUGUAUACAUUAUACAGCAAACAGAUAAUGAGAAUACUCAAACUUCUCAGGUAGAAAUUUUUAUCUUGAUCUAACACCAAAUUCUUGCAACUAAUUUACCUGUUUGGUCACCUUUUAAACCCUAAAAUCAGUAUUUAUUACCUCCCUACUUUCCUCUAUGCAUUCUGUUUGGUACCAACAAGGAAAUUUUUUUUUCACAACCAAAGCUUCUUAGGUUGGCGAUCAUUACCUUUAUUCUUGUGAUCUUAACAAAUGAUUUGACAGCAGUAUUGCUGUAGGGAGAAAUUAGAUACUGGUCACUUUAAGGGUUUAAAGGAUUAAUUUUCGGACUUGUUACUAAUCAUAUUUAUCAUCAACAUCUUUGUCAUCGUCAUUUGUUGACAAAUUAUGCUGUCUGUUUUCAGGGACAUGUUGGAAAUGUGGAGUGAGCAGGGCAUUCAAGUGGUUGCUUGGACUGUCAAUCACAAGGAAGCAAAGGAAUUCUUUAGAGACUGUCUCGAUUGCCCCAUUAUAACUGAUUGUGUUCUGAGUGAGUCUGUCUGGAAUGAACAGAUGUGA